AUGUACUCCCGUAAUAUCGAUACUCGCCUACAUCGCAAGGCGUGGCGUUCCACUUCGGAUGUACUCAAGGAGCUACAGAUGGAGUUCUCGAAGCAGCAGGAGAAACUGCAGCUGUUCGCGUCGGAGAUGGGGAUGGAAUGGCACUUCAUCCCUCCUCGAGCCCCACAUUUCGUCCGGCAAAUGGCCAACGCGUCACUGACGGAAAGCGAGGUCAGAGCUCAUCUGGCAGAUGUCGAGGCCAUCCUCAACUCGCGGCCUCUCAUUCCACUCAGCUCCGAUCCCAACGAUGGCGAGGCUCUUACGCCGGGCCAUUUUCUAAUCGGGCAAAGCCGCCCGUUCGCUGCCGCAAGGAUCCGUGCCAGACAGGCCCAAAAGAGCUGA